CUUAAAUCACAUUGAAUCAUACUCUAAGACCGUGUAUUGAAUUAUUAUAUAAUAUAAUAACAUAAUAUAUUAGUUAAUCAAUGCGUUCGCGUAGCUGUUAUCAACACUCGAACUCCUGCCAUUCGGUCUUGUUUUGAAGAGAGAUAAGAGUGAAAAAUGACAGAUAUUUGUUACAAUACAAGCUCCUAUGAUCAGAGCUCCAGCAACAAAACUAGCGUGUGCGUAGGCCUUUUGAGCGCUUCUCGAGCAUGUGGUCACCCGCACUUUUCGUUCGUUUUACGUUGUCUUUAUAAAUACUUUGUUCAAAUAUAAUAUUGUUAAUUUCAUUUAAUAAUAUUUGUUAACAGUACCUACGCGACUUCGCCUCUUGUUCAUAGGUACCUACCCCAUUGGCAAAUCCCUUCAAACAUAGAUAAUAUAUAUUAUAUUAUUAUCUAUGGUAAUUAUUCGAUUCGCCUUGAGUGCGCUUGACCGUGCUACAACUAUAGGUCUCAUGUCGUAUAGCUACAAAUCUCUACGUGGUAGUAAACUCAAAUGAUUUUCAGUCAAUGCUAUAUACUCAUUCUUACCGCCUAUAGCUACGUGAAACAAUCAUGUGUCUCGUCGAUGUCUAAAGAAUUUAUCAUAAAAUCGUUGUUUUACAAUCAUCGCGUUUAAUUGCAGCCGUCUUAUCAUAUAUGUAUCAUUUUAAAUCGAAAUAAUUGUCAUAGAUGAUUUCCCUAAACUAUCCGUGUGUUCUUAAAUCCGUUUGCUAAUUAUAAUUCGGCGGAUUGCUCAGCAGAUUGCUCCAUCAAUCUCUUAUUAGGUAGACUUUUUAUUACAAUAAAUUGUGGUUCAUACGCAUAACUACCAUAGUACCAUCAACCGCUAAAAUAUCGUAUCAGUUUUCCGUUUUUAAAUAUUACAAUUAUUAUCACGAUAUUGUUAUCCAAAAUUCGCAUAUAAUUUUGAAUUUUAAAUAAUUAACUUUCAUAAUAUAGCUUUACUUUUAUCAUUAAAACAUCAACUAUAGCUCCAAUGAUAAAGAUAUAAAUUAUUCAUUCGUGUUACAGGUUUACAGUUUUUGAAAAAAAAAGGCAGGUAAAAGAUACUUGUUUUGAAAUUGAAUUAUUUAUUUAAUUUUAAAAAUAUAUUUCGAAUUACUUUGCGUUAAAAUUACAUUUAUUUGAUGUAAAAAAUUAUAACUUAUUUAACUUAUUUAACCUAUUUAACCUAUACGUGGAAAACUGAAUAACUAAUAAUUUCUUUUAUUACUAUGUCAAACUAAGCGCUGAUGACAAUAUUGAUUUAAGAAAUGAUUUUAUAAUGUAAUAAUUUGUUUAAAUACCUAUAUUAAUCAAUUGGUUUUGUUUACAGUACCUAUUAUCAAAAAAGUAUGUGUGCGACAACAACAUUGGAAUAUCUAACAUGAAAGUUGAUCAACUUUGCAAAUUGUCAAACAUAUUCAAUGCGAGCAAAUUUAUUAACAUUAUUAUUGUGUACAAGGUGAUUCUUUUUAUCAUUAAACACUCAUUUUUUUGCAAAGUAUCUUUUUUCAAAAAAAUUGUUCAAAAAUUUAAGAAUAUUUAAUAUUACAUUUACGUUAUUUUUUGUCAUUCUUAAUUUUGGAGUUGAAUCUACUAUCAGCUUUUGAUUUUUAAACAAUUACCUACAUUAAAACUUCCAUGAGUAGAUAGAGUAUUAGUUUAAAUAAAUAUUGGUGUUAAAAUGUUUGAUUUUCAUCAACCUAUUCACAAGAUAUUUCACUUUUAAGUUUCGAUGGGCAGUAAUGUGAGAAAUGACCAGGAGUACAUGUUGAACAAUGUGUUAAUAUAAUAUUGUUUGAGGAAAUUGAAAACUCAUUCAUAUAAUGAUUUAAUUAUAAUUCCUAGAUGCUAAAUUUCUAGAUUUCUAGCAUUUUGAAAAUUCUAUUCUUAACCAUAUUCUUCUGACUUCAUGACAAUAUAAUUGUGGCACAUAAAUCACACUUUGAGUCUAGGGUUCUGGCAAGUGUGAAGUUUAUAUUGCUAAAAUUAUUUUGAAGGGGAAAAUAUUAUUUAAAAGUUCAAAAAUAUUUACCUACAUAGAUAUUUAUUAUGAUAAUAAAAAUCAUUUUGAUCUAGUCACGAUAAUAGAAUCCUGAAACGACUAGAUCCACAAUAUUAGUUAUUACCAUGAUUAAAGAUAUACCUUAUAUAUCUUAACCAUAUAUAAUACAUUUCUUUAUUAUCUAUGGUUUUAACUCUAUAGAUAAUUACUGCCUAUGGAACUCUCUAUCCUAGACUGUGGUGAUAACCGUUUGUCUGAUUUUUUAUUAAUGUUACCAUCAAUUGUAUGAUAAUUUGAUGUAUGAUACGAUUAUAUCAUACAUCAAAGUAUGCAAAAGAAUGAAUUUGAUGUAUUUGAAUCUCAACUUUUAAGUUUCCAAUAUUUAAUUUGGUAAUUACUAAUUAUACAUGUUUACCUUAAUAAAAUAAUUUCAGUUAUAUUCCGUUCUAUAAUUAUAUUAACACAUUUUUUAAUUAUCUGAAUAUUAUUAAAGUUACUUGUAAAAAUUAUAGUAGGUAGUGUAAUCAUUAUGUUUAUUACCUACUUAUAAUAGAUAACUAUUUUGUUGUAAUUAAAACAAAAUAUGUACCUACCUAUAUUUUCAAGAAAAAUAGAGAACAAUUGUAUAUAAGUAAACUCCAAUAUACUUACUAUUUUCAGAAUUUAAGAACAUGGUAUUUUUUAUUCAAUUACCAAAAUUGACUAUGAAUAAUUCUUUGUACUUACGGCUCGGAAGUACAAUUUUCCAUUUUAUAUCCUAAUUAUUAUUAAUUUAUACCUAACCCUGAGAUAAAAUCUAUUUUAAAAGGUUGUGAUAUCCAUAUAUGCUGUCUUAGUCCAACUAACGGGUAACAGUAAAUUCUACCUUACGCAGACUGCAUAAAACUCUCUUAAUUUUGGUUUAAAAGUAAAAGCACUUAUUAUAAAAUUAACAGAGGACAAUAUUUUGAAAAGUAAUACAGUAUUUUCUUUUUAAAGUUCAUUUUUUUUAUAUUUUACAAUGUGGUUGUGACAACACAUCUUUUUAAUAGUAUCACACACUAAUGUUCCAGAGUUAAUAACUCUUUCAUGUUAAAAGUUUAUAGUUUUUGAGAGAAAGACUGGUAAAAAAUUAUACUUGCUUUGAAAUUGAAUUGUUUGUUUAAUUAUAAAAAUAUAUUUUGGGUUACUUCACAUUAAAAUUAGAUUUAUUUAAUUAUAACUUAUUUAAUUUAUUUAACCUGUACAUCGAAAACUAAAUGAAUGAAAAUAAUUUGUCUUUUGAAUAUGUUGAACUAAACGCUGAUGACAUUAUUGAUUUAUGAAAUGGCUUUAUAAUAAUUUGUUAAAAUACUUAUAUAAAUCAAUUGGUUUUGUUUACAGGGCCUAUCAUCAAAAAAGUUUUGUGUUCCUGCAACAACUAAGGUUGAGAUAUCUAAAAUGGAACAAACAAAUCCAAAGUGAGCAAAUUUAUUAACAUUAUUAUUAUGUAUUGUUGUGUACAGGGUGAUUCUUUUUAUCAUUAAACACUUAUUAUUUUGCAAAAUAUUGACUUUUUCUAAGAAAAUUUAAAGUUUUAUUUCUGUUGUUUUUUGUCAUCUUUAAUUUUGGAGGUGAAGCGACUAUCAACUUUUGAUUUUCAAAUAUUUAACUACAUUUUAAAAUUCCAUAAGUAAAUAGAUUAUUAGUUUAAAUACAUUUUGGUAUUAAAAUGUUUGAUUUUUAUCAACCUAUUCUCGAGAUAUUUCACAUUUAAGUUUUUUAUGAGCAGUAUUGAAAAUGAUAAGGUGAAGAAUGACCAGGAGUGCAUGUGGCCCUCAAUGUGUAGAUAUUUUAAACAUUUCUUCUACUGUACAAUGACUAUUCCACAUGCACUCCUGAUACCCAUUUCACUGCUUCUCGUACUGGUGCCUGUUUCUGCUCGUAGUCAAAACUAAUUUUUAAGGUCUGUUUUCUACAAGUAAUGUAGCUCUAAUCAAAAACCCACAGCAAACAUUUUUUUAUUUAAUUUUGAAUUUAGUUUGUUAAUAAAAAAAGUUAGUUUUCAUAAUAAUUAAAAAAGCACAACAAUAACAAGAAAGUUUACAGAAUGGUUUCAAAAAUUUCUAAUUUAUUAUUGUUAUUAUUUUUAUUAUACCCAUUUUCAUUUUAAAUUUGUGUUAUUUUAAUUUUAGUACUACAAUUGCUGAUUGACCAAGAACUGAGAUAUAUGGGUGCAGUUUAAUUUUUGGGACACAUAUUGCAUGUUUAUUUGAAUGGUAUGAUAAUACAAUAAUGAUUUUUUAGUCUGAAACUAAGGAAAUUUCAAAACAAAGUUAGUUAGAAAAAUUUGAUCAACGUAUUUCAAUUAUAAAUAAUUCUUCUGUGUUUAUGUGUCUGAAGCAGAUAUUUUGGUAGUAGCCAUUGACAAACCAGAAUUUAUUCCUGUGUCAUGGAUAAAACCAGGACAACUACAUGAACAGUUGAUAUUUUUACAACAAUAAUAAUCCCCAUUAUUUUUUCAAUUCAUAUUCAUAUAAAUAUUUAUAAUAUUAAACUCUCUAAACAAUAGUAAUAUUUAAUUAAUUAAUUUGUAUAAACAAAAUGUAAUUUAUUUAUAAUAGGCAUUAGGUGUCUAUUCUAAAUACACUGUACAUUGUAUAUAUGUUAUAGAAACUUGUUAAAUUGUCACUCGAUUUACCUGUUCUGGUGCCUAAUGCGGGGACUAUCAAGCAUGUGAAAAUAGUUUGUACUAUUCAAAAUAUACAAUAAAAGCAGCGAUAAUAAACAAAUUGAAUCUUUUUAAAUUUACAAUGUAACCAGUGACUAUCAAGUUGCUGACUGAUUUGUUGUGUUUCAAAGAUGGCAGAAAAGGGGAAACUUGUUAUUUUAGGAUUAAAUCAAAAACUCAAAAUUAUCAAACAUUUGAAGAAAGGUGAAACUGCUCCCAAUAUUGCUCAGAUUUAUGAUGUUAGGAGAACAAUAGUGAAUAACAUAAAACGUGAUGCUGAAAAAUUUGAGCAGCAUGUAUUGUUAAUGCAAAGAUGGAAAUGUAAGAAGUCAUAAAACCAUGAAACCAGCAAAAUAUGAGCAACUUGACAACAUUAUGUAUCAGUGGUUUAUUCAAGCCCAAAGUCAAGGAAUUCCACUUUUAGAUCCUAUUAUAAUGAUCAAGGCAAGUGAAAUAAAUAAAAAACUGAAUGGCGAUCCAAGCUUCAAAGCAAGUAUGGGAUGACUUGAUAAGUUUAAAUUUCGCCAUGACAUUAGUGGAAAGAAACUUAGUGCCCCAGGUUUUAAAGUUCAAAAAGAUUCAAUGCUUCCACUUAAAACUGCCAACUAGCCACUCAGAAGCAGAAGCAAUGUUAUAAAAUGCAUGGAUUCGUUUGAAGUACAAGAGAAGGCAAAUGCAAAGCAGGUCUUCUUCAUAAAAUACAAAACAUAGCCGCUCAAAUAAUUAAUGCCUCAAAAAAACAAAAGAUGACAGAUUAUUUUUUUUAAUAUUUUUUAUUAUGUUAUUAUUAUAUAUUAUUAGUAUUUAUUAUUUAUUAUUAUGUAUUUUAUUAGGUUCGUCUUCUAAUCACAUUGUAAAAUAUAUAGGUUUGAGGAAAAAUUUCUGUUAAGUGCCCUGUAAACAAUCAAAUUUUCAUUUGACAAACGUCUUUGUAAAAUUUGUUGAUAGUGUGCAAGCUUGUUUGACAUGUUUGUCAAACAAUGUUAAUGUUUAAUGUGUUUGAUGAAAAUUUUGAUUGACAGCGUGUUUGACAAACCUGUUUGAUAGUAUGUGAUGGUGUUUGUCAAAUAAGGUCUCAGUUAUCGCCUUAACAUCAUGGAGAACACAAUUGCGAUGAAUGACAACGAAAAUAGCGGCAAUAUUUCUGAAAAAGAAUUUCUUUUGCGAUUUAUCUCCAUAUAUCGACAUGCCGAUGUUAUGGAGGAUAAAAUCAAAAUACUACAUGGAUAAAAACAAGAGAAUCAAUGCAAUUAAAAAAAUUGGAAUUGUUAAAAGUGUGUUGCUGGAACAUCACUGAAGAUGUUAAAAAAAAAUUAAUAUUCUACGAACAACUUUAAAGCCUGAAAAUAAUAAAACGUAUUAUCUAUAUUACUACUCAUUAUUUAAAUUAAAUAAAUAUUAUAUAACAACACUCCCCGGCAAGGAAAAACCCGAAACUACAGGAGCUUUUAACAAAUUUGUUUAAUAUUUGUUAUGAUCAUUUGCGUCAUUGUUUGAUGAAAACAAGAAGUUUGACAAACAAAUUUGAUCAUUUAUGGGGCCUUUAACCAUCAUUGUCUUGUUUGAUAUUAACAGUUAAUCCAGUUUCUAUUUUAUUGAUAAUACCUAAUCAUUAAUUGCUCACUUCAUGUAUCUAAUUGUUUUUAUAUAUAUAUGAAUUAACUAUGCAACUAAUAUUGAAAUGCAAUUGUAGUAUUAUAGGAUUUUAAGUAAUCCUUGAAUUACAAUAUUAAAUUUUAAAAACUAAAUACUCUUAGUUACCAAAAAUUACCUUAGAUAAGUUUUUUAAAAUUUAUGAAGAUAAAUACUAAAUACUAAUACCAUCAUAAUCAUUUUUGUUAUUACAUUAUUAUUAAUCAUACCUCUAAUAGUACUAUUAUUCAUAUUACGAACUUAGUUUCUUUAACCAUGAACUUGUAUUAUUAAUAUUUUAAUAUAGUUGUAAUAGCACUAGUUGUAGUAAAACAUUUUAAAAUUAAAUAAAUACAAUUUAAAAAAAA